CUCAUCAUUCUUGUUUAUUUUGAUACUCUGUUUUGUUAUUGUUUUUGGGUGGAUUUCUCAGUGACUUUUGACGUUUGGGAUGGGCAACGCGAGUGCAAAGGUCGUUGGCGAGACAGUCAAGCGCGAGUAUCCGCGCGUCGCUCAGGAGGCCGCUCGCCAACAAGCAGCAGCCGCAGUCGCAGCAUCAGCAUCAGCAUCAGCAGCAACAGCAGCACAACAGCAGCAAGCGAUCGCAGGAGCAGCAGGAGCAGCAGGAGCCAAGUCCAAGGCCAGCGUCUCGGCAGUCGCGCCAGAGACAGUCGAAGCCGCCAAGCCGCUCGUCGCCAACAUGAACCAGCUCAUGGUCAACACGGUGACACAGCAGCAGAGCUCGGUCGCGCCAAGAUCGACGGAAGGAAGCGUUUCGCAGACAACGGUCGACGCGGUUGGCAAGCGUGCGUUGCCCAUGGCGCGCGAUCGGAUUCUGCUCGAGGAGGUCGAGCAUGUCCAGGGCCGACUGAGCAUCGAGCAGGUGCGAGCCAUCUUUCAAUUGCGACGAGGUACGCUCACGUCGCCGCCGGGCCGCAACGAAAUGGCUGCUGCCGGCGCAACUGGUACGCCGAUUGCGCGGGCCACUGCGACUGCCGCUAAUGCUGCUGCUCCCACACCCAAGCCAUCGGAAGCCAGCCAGCCUGUUGGCGCGAUGAACGCAAUGCACUACCUGGCCACCGAAGACACGGAUCCGCUCGAAAAGCAAGACGUUGCCCAAGCGCUGUGGACGCCCAACCGCCUGGCCUCUCAGUACAAGAUCCCUGUGGACGAGAUGCGUCGCAUUCUGUCCUACUUUAACGACGCUGUCGUGACUGAGACUGCGCGCGGCAAAAAGUAUGGCACCUGGGACCCGUACCCAAAGGAGCUGCGUCUGCGCCGUGACCAGCCCAUUAGCGAGCAAGGCUCGAGCCAGCAGCCGUCCCAGCAGCAGCCACAGCCAGCGCAGUCGAAGCGAGGUCCGGUUUUGCAAGAUUCUCUUUGAGGUGUUUGUUGCACUUUUUGCUUUUUUUUCUUCCGUGUUUCUGUUUUUUUGUUGUUUUUGCAACGUCACCCUCCUUCUACUUGUACAAUAGUAGUGCCACCUCUUUGGCUUUUCUUGCUCCC